CACUCUGCCGAGGUUUCCAUGGAGACCGAGGCCCGGCCGGCGCGGCCUCCCGACGUUGCCAUGGAGACAACUCCAGGGCUGGGGCUCGCGGGGCCCCGCGCGCCGCUGCAGCCUCAGAACCCCGCGGAGCCGCCGUGUGAGGCCCGGGCGGCGGCGGCGGCACACUGGGAUCCACGGAAACACUCUCUGCUCAUCGUGAUCGGCGACAUCGGCACCGAGAGCCAGCUGCGGGCCGUGCGGGCCCACCUUGAACAAGGGAUUCUGUCCUGGAAUAUUGACGUAUCAUCCUUUGACUUGAACCAACAGUUGAGACUCUUCAUUACCCGGCACCUAGCUCACUUCUCUUCAGAGGUCAAAGGCCAGAGGACCCUUUGCCAUCAGAGUGAGACCCUAGAGAGCAUCGUCUUGGUCAACCCCAGUGCGGACAGCAUCAGCUCUGAGGUUCGCCAUCUUCUUAGCAGUCCAUCAGCUCACAAACUACUGAUCUUAAGUGGACAAAGUUUAGAGCCUGGGGGAGACCUCAUUCUCCAGAGUGGUACCUACUCCUACCAAAACUUUGCCCAGGUCCUUCAUAGCCCAGAGAUUGCCCAAUUGCUCAGCAAUAGAGACCCUGGGACCCAGGCCUUCCUCACUGUGUCCUGCUUAGGGGAGGGUGAUUGGAGCCAUCUGGGACUCUCCAGUUCCCAAGAGACCCUGCACCUCCGGCUGAACCCCGAGCCCAUGCUACCCACCAUGGAUGGUGUGGCUGAGUUCUCCGAGUACGUUUCCGAGACGGUGGACGUGCCAUCCCCCUUUGACCUGCUGGAACCCCCCACCUCUGGGGGCUUCCUCAAGCUCUCUAAGCCUUGCUGCUACAUCUUCCCGGGUGGCCGCGGGGACUCGGCCCUCUUUGCAGUCAAUGGUUUCAACAUCCUCGUGGAUGGCGGUUCUGAUCGCAAGUCCUGCUUCUGGAAGCUGGUGCGGCACCUGGACCGCAUCGACUCGGUGCUGCUCACGCACAUUGGGGCAGACAAUCUGCCGGGCAUCAAUGGACUCCUGCAGCGCAAAGUGGCCGAGCUAGAGGAGGAGCAGUCCCAGGGCUCCAGCAGCUACAGCGACUGGGUGAAGAACCUCAUCUCCCCCGAGCUUGGAGUCGUCUUCUUCAAUGUGCCAGAUAAGCUACGGCUGCCUGAUGCCUCCCGAAAGGCCAAGCGCAGCAUUGAGGAGGCCUGCCUCACGCUUCAGCACUUAAACCGCUUGGGCAUUCAGGCCGAGCCUCUGUACCGGGUGGUCAGCAACACCAUUGAACCACUGACCCUCUUCCACAAAAUGGGUGUGGGCCGGCUGGACAUGUACGUCCUCAACCCCGUCAAGGACAGCAAGGAGAUGCAGUUCCUCAUGCAGAAGUGGGCGGGCAAUAGCAAGGCCAAGACAGGCAUUGUGCUGGCCAAUGGGAAGGAGGCUGAGAUCUCCGUGCCCUACCUGACCUCUAUCACUGCUCUGGUGGUCUGGCUACCCGCCAACCCGACUGAGAAGAUCGUGCGUGUGCUCUUUCCAGGAAACGCACCUCAGAACAAGAUCUUGGAGGGUCUGGAAAAGCUUCGCCACCUGGACUUCCUCCGUUACCCUGUGGCCACACAGAAGGAUCUGGCUGCUGGGGCCGUGCCUGCCAACCUGAAACCCAGCAAAAUCAAACAGCGCGCUGACAGCAAGGAGAGCCUCAAAGCUGCUCCCAAGACCGCAGUGAGCAAGCUGGCCAAGCGGGAGGAAGUAGCAGAAGAGGGAGCCAAGGAGGCCCGCUCUGAACUGGCCAAGGAGUUAGCCAAAACAGAGAAGAAAGCCAAAGAGUCCUCAGAGAAGCCCCCAGAGAAGCCUGCCAGGCCCGAGAGGGUACGGACAGAGUCAAGUGAAGCCCUGAAAGCAGAGAAGCGAAAGCUGAUCAAGGACAAGGUAGGGAAGAAGCACCUGAAAGAGAAGAUCUCCAAGCUGGAAGAGAAGAAAGACAAGGAGAAAAAAGAGAUCAAGAAAGAGAGGAAGGAGCUCAAAAAGGAUGAAGGGAAAAAGGAAGAGAAGAAAGAUGCCAAGAAGGAGGAGAAGAGGAAAGAUGCCAAACCUGAGAUCAAGAAAAUCUCCAAACCCGACCUGAAGCCCUUCACACCUGAGGUACGGAAGACCCUGUACAAAGCCAAGGCCCCGGGGAGAAUGAAGGUAGACAAGAACCGAGUUUCUCGUGGAGAGAAAGAUCUGUCGUCUGAGCCCCGGACACCCCCAGCCCAGAAAGGGGCUGCACCACCACCCACUGUCAGCGGACACAGGGAGCUGGCUCUUUCCUCACCAGAGGAUCUCACACAGGACUUUGAGGAGAUGAAGCGGGAGGAGGCCGAACAGAGGGACACGGGACUAGGAGAGAAACCACUGCCCGCAGGUACGACAGAGGAGGGACCCCCAAGCCCAGCCGUGCAGGGAACACAACCCACCGUCCCAGAAGAGCACGUGACCAAGGGGAAAGAGAUCACCCCGGACAUCCCCGAGGAACAAGGCAGCAAGGACAAAGGCCCAGACUCUGGGGCUGAAACAGAGGAAGAAAAAGAUACUUGGGAGGAAAAGAAGCAGAAGGAAACAGAGAAGCUUCCAGAGAGAGCUGAAGCCAGAGAGGAGAGCGAACCCGAGGUAAAGGAGGAUGUGAUAGAAAAGGCUGAGGUGGAAGAAAUGGAGGAGGCUCACCCUUCCGACGAGGAGGAAGAGGAAGAGACCAAGGCUGAGAGUUUUUACCAAAAACACAUGCAGGAAGCCUUGAAGGUAAUCCCCAAAGGCAGGGAGGUUCUUGGGGGCCGGGACCUGGGACUCCAGGGGAAGGCCCCCGAGAAGGAGACCUCAUCAUUCCUAAGCAGCCUGGCCACACCUGCAGGAGCCGCUGAGCAUGUCUCUUACAUCCAGGACGAGACGAUCCCUGGCUACUCAGAAACUGAGCAGACCAUCUCGGAUGAAGAGAUUCAUGAUGAGCCAGAGGAGCGCCCGGCGCCAGCCAGAUUCCCUACCAGCAUGUACGACCUCUCUGGUCCUGAAGGUCCAGGCCCCUUUGAAGCCAGCCAGCCUGCACAGAGUGCCGUCCCUGCUGCCCCCAGCAAAGGCUACGGGGCACCCGAGACAGAACUCACCUACCCCCCCAACAUGGUGGCUGCCCCUCUGGCUGAAGAGGAGCACGUGUCCUCAGCCACUUCCAUCACUGAGUGCGACAAGCUCUCUUCCUUCGCCACGUCGGUGGCUGAGGACCAGUCUGUGGCCUCGCUCACAGCGCCCCAGACAGAGGAGACAGGCAAGAGUUCCCUGCUGCUGGACACUGUCACCAGCAUCCCCUCCUCCCGCACCGAGGCCACGCAGGGCUUGGACUACGUGCCAUCGGCUGGCACUAUCUCACCGACCUCUUCGCUGGAAGAAGACAAAGGCUUCAAAUCACCACCCUGUGAGGACUUCUCUGUCACCGGAGAGUCAGAGAAGAGAGGAGACGUGGGAGGGAGACGCUUGACUGGGGAGAGAGCUGCGGGAGAAGAAGAGGAGAGGGCAGACCUACAGCUCUCUGAGAAACGUCACAGCCCAUAUGGAAGCCCAGGGUUUGGUACCCCCGGGCAAGCCCUACAGCCAGGGGAACCAGCCCUUGGAGAAGCAGAGGAACGGUGCCUUAGCCCGGAUGACAGCACGGUAAAGAUGGCUUCCCCUCCGCCAUCUGGUCCACCCAGUGCCACCCACACACCCUUCCAUCAGUCGCCAGUGGAAGACAAGUCUGAGCCCCAAGACUUCCAAGAAGACUCCUGGGGAGACACUAAGCCUCCCCCCGGCGUGGGCAAGGAAGAAGCUGCGAAGGAAGCAGUCAAGCCAGAGCCCGAAGAGAGCACACGAGAGGAGGCGACGCUACCUCCUCCCAGGAGCCCCCAGGCCCAGGGAGCGCCUGUUGGCCUGGCUGAGGGACACACAGGCUGUACCAUUCAGCUGUUACCAGAACAGAACAAAGCCAUAGUUUUUGAAACGAUGGAAGCAGGAUCUGGGCUUCCAGACCCAAUUCUGGGUACGGAAGCCCUUCCCAGGGAAUUGACGACAUCGCUCCAGGAACCUGGUGAACCUCAGAAAGAUGAGGCGCGUGACCGAAGCCUCUCUCCUGAAGAUGCAGAGUCCCUGUCUGUCCUCAGCGUGGUCUCCCCAGACACUGCCAAACAAGAGGCCGCUCCCAAGGCUCCCUAUGGCCUGACCGGGCACAAAGGCCUCUGGCCCGAGGCGUCUCCAGAAGACACCCAAUCGCUUUCCUUCUCAGAAGAGAGUCCCAGUAAGGAGACCUCGUUGGAUAUCUCUUCAAAACAACUCUCUCCAGAGAGCCUUGGCACCCUCCAGUUUGGAGAACUAAGCCUAGGAAAGGAAGAAAGGGGACCUCUGAUGCAGGCUGAGGACACGUCUCUUUACCAAGCUCCUGCGUCUAUUCCAGAGCCUCAUGCCGCCACCAUGUCCCCUCCCACAGAUGGGACCACUGGAUCCUCCGUACAGGCUGAUUAUACAGAGAAGAGCCCUGAGGGGAAAAGGCCUGCCGGAUCCUUCUCUCCCUCUGCACUGUCAGGAGAUGGGAACCGCUUGCCCGAGGUGAUCACAAGCCCCGGGGAACACCUUCUGACCCCCCAUAGCUCCCUCACCAAGAGUCCCGAGUCUUUGUCAAGCCCUGCGAUGGAGGACAUUGCCAUGGAAUGGGAAGGUAAGAUCCCUGGGCUGAAAGACAGAACUCCAGAGCAGAAGGACAAGGAGCCUGAGCCAAAGGAGGAAGUCCUACAGCAGAAAGACCAAGUUCUGCAGCAGAAGAGCGUGGUAGAGCAAAAGGCUACGGCCACAAGUCAGAAAGACGAGGCUGUAGAAGAAAAAAUCAAGGUUGUGGGAAAGCAGGAUAAGACCUUAGAACUAAAAGACAGAGACAUAGACCAAAAGGAGGCAGUUCUAGAGCAGAAGGAUGAGCCUGUGGAAUCAAAAGACAAAGAUUCAGAACAAAAAGACAAGGCCCCGGAACAGAAGGACAAGAUCCUAGAAGAGAAAGACAACGUCACAGUACGAAAGGACACAGCCCUGAAACAGGAGCAGGCCCUCGAACCAAAAGACAAAGGAGAAAAACACAGAGAUGCAGAACAAAAAGACCAAGUCUUGGAACUGAAAGAUCAGACCCUACAACUGAAAGAUAAGGCCUUAGAACAAAAAGUGCAAGACCUUGAACCUAAGGACAAGUCUCCAGUAGAGAAGGUCCUUGAACUCAAAGGUCAAGUUCUAGAACAGGCAGACAGAAGCCCUGAACAAAAAGACAAGGUCCAGGAACAGAGGGAUGAAGUCUUAGAAAAGAAAGAUCAGGCCUUGGAGCAAAAAUACUGGGCCUUAGGAGAGAAGGAUCAAGUUCUGGAACAUGAGACUAAAACUGUUGAACAGAAAGACAAAGCUCUGGAGGAGGACAAAACUCAGGAGCGGGAGAGCUUUGUGCAGGAAGGUAAAACUGUGAAACCAGAGGAAGCAAUCCUAGAGGAGAAAUCUCCAGAAAAGGCCAAGCCUGCGGAGCCAAAAGAAGAAGCUGUUCUGGAGAAAACCAAAGCCCUGAGGCUGGAAGAGAGCCCAAUGGAGGAAGAAGGCAAGGCCCAAGUACAGGAAGAGAAGUACCAGAAGGAGCAGGAUGUGCUCCAGGGGUGGCGAGAAACAACUCCCACCAGAGGGGAUCCGGUUGGAGAGCAGAAAGAGCCCGUCCCGUCCUGGGAAGGCACCUCUGCUGAGCAAGAGGUCAGGUAUUGGCAGGACAGAGAUGUGGCUGUGGACCAGGAUGCAUACUGGAGAGAGCUGAGCUGUGAGAGGAAGGUCUGGUUCCCCCAUGAGCUGGAUGGCCAGGGAGGCAGCCCACGGUACACCAAGGAGCGAGAGAGCACGUUCCUCGACGAAGGCCCAGAUGAACAAGCACCCCAACUGCAGCAUACACCCCAGAGCCCUUGGGCCUCAGACUUCAAGGAUUUCCAGGAGAUCCCCCCCCAGAAGGGGCUAGAGGUGGAGCGCUGGCUUGCUGAGUCACCAGUAGAGCUGCCACCCGAAGAAGAGGACAAAAUGACACCUUCUCCCUUUGAGAUCAUCUCCCCUCCCACCUCUCCACCUGAGAUGGUUGGACAGAGGGUUCCUCCAGCCCCAGGACAAGAGAGCCCCACCCCAGAGACCAAGCCUCUGCCCCCCACGAGGAACGAACCCACCACCCCCUCGUGGCUGGCUGAAAUCCCACCCUGGGUACCUAAAGACAGGCCCCUGCCCCCUGCACCCCUCUCUCCAGCUCCAGCUCCCCCCACACCCGCUCCAGAACCGCGGACCCCGGCGCCCUUCUCCUGGGGCAUGGCUGAAUAUGACAGUGUGGUGGCCGCAGUACAAGAAGGGGCAGCUGAGCUGGAAGGUGGGCCGUACUCCCCGCUGGGGAAGGACUACCGCAAGGCCGAAGGGGGAAGGGAAGAAGAAAGUGAGACUGCUCCCGGAGAUCCAGCCAUCAACCCCUACGGCUCCAAAGUCCCCGAGGCCAGUGCCAGCCAGGCCACCAGAGAUCCAGAACAGACCACCGAGCCGGAGCAGAGAGAGCCCACGCCCUACCCUGACGAGAGAAGCUUUCAGUAUGCGGACAUCUAUGAGCAGAUGAUGCUCACCGGGCUGGGCCCCGCGUGCCCCACCAGGGAGCCGCCACUGGGAGCAGCUGGGGACUGGCCCCCGCGCCUGUCCAGCAAGGAGGAGGCUGCUGGCUGGAACACCUCCGCAGAGAAGGAGCUUUCCUCUCCUGUCUCGCCCAAGAGCCUCCAAUCGGACACCCCAGCCUUUAGCUACGCAGCCCUGGCCGGACCCACCGUACCUCCCAGGCCAGAGCUGGAACCACCCGGGCCAAGCGCGGCAGAGGCCAGCAGCCUCAGCCCACCCGCAAUUCCUCCCCGAGCUCCUAUUCCACCGAGCAAAGGCCCACGCUCCCCCCCUCCUAAUGGUAACCUGCUCAGCCACAGCCCAGACAGGAGGACCCCGUCCCCCAAAGAAUCAGGCCCCGGUCACUGGGAUGACAGCACUAGUGACUCUGAGCUGGAGAAGGGGGCUCGGGAACAGCCAGAGAAAGAGCUUCAGUCCCCGAGUCCCCCUCACCCGGCGCCUGCGGGUCCCCCAACACUGUGGCCUGAAACCAAGGCGCCUCCCAGCCCUCCCUCAGACUCACACCUGGGUCCUUCCCGGCCCAGCCUGGACUUCCCGGCCUCGGCCUUCGGCUUCUCCUCCCUGCAGCCCGCUCCCCCGCAGCUGCCCUCCCCAGCGGAGCCCCGCUCCGCACCCUGCGGCUCCCUUGCUUUCUCCGGAGACCGAGCUCUGGCUCUGGCUCCAGGACCCCCGGCUAGAGCCCGGCACGAUGAGUACCUAGAAGUGACCAAGGCCCCAAGCCUGGACUCCUCCUUGCCCCAGCUCCCAUCCCCCAGCUCUCCCGGGGUCCCUCUCCUCUCCGAUCUGACCCGACCCGCCUCGCCGGCCCUGUCUGAAGGCUCGUCUUCCGAGGCUACCACCCCGGUGAUGUCCAGCGUGGCCGAGCGCUUCCCCCCAGGGCUAGAGGCCACAGCCCGGGGGUCCGGAGAGCCGGGCCCCGGCGGGCAGCCGUCCGCCCACAGCCUCUGGGACCUGACGCCUCUGAGCCCAGCACCCCCGGCUGCACUGGACUCGGCCCCGGCCCCGGCGCCCGCGCCCGGUCUGCCUGUAGACAUGGAUGACAGUACCCUGCCCUGCCGCCUGGAGUGCUCGGGGGAAGCCACCAAGAAGCAGCCGGGCCCCUCCGGGGACCGCGCAGCCAACGGCCUGAGUGAGACCUGCCCCGUCCCCCCGGGCCCGGCCCUCGCGGAGGAGGAGGAGGAGGAGGAGGUGACCUUGGGGUCCAAGGGUGGCUCAGGCCCCCCUGUCUACGUGGAUCUCGCCUACAUCCCCAAUCACUGCAGCGGCAAGACCGCUGACCUUGACUUCUUCCGCCGAGUGCGCGCAUCCUACUACGUGGUCAGUGGGAAUGACCCUGCCAAUGGCCAGCCAAGCCGGGCUGUGCUGGAUGCCCUGUUGGAGGGCAAAGCCCAGUGGGGGGAGAAUCUUCAGGUGACUCUGAUCCCCACUCAUGACACAGAGGUGACUCGUGAAUGGUACCAGCAGACUCAUGAGCAGCAGCAGCAACUCAACGUCCUGGUCCUGGCUAGCAGCAGCACUGUGGUCAUGCAGGACGAGUCCUUCCCAGCCUGCAAGAUUGAGUUCUGAAAGAACCCACUUCCCUUCCCCCAAGGAUCCGCUCCCCCAGCUCCUUUAGAGAAUGGCUACU